CAAACAAAUAACCAGCACACACUCUCUCUCUCUCUCUCUCUCUCUCUAGAUCGAUCUCCCGCCUCACUCUUCCCCUGAACUGUGAAACCAUCCGAGCUAGGGCUUCAAUUUCAUUCCUCCAUAGAAAUCCAUCACUUAAGCUCAAACUCUUUUGCUUUUCGGUCUCACCAAUUCAAUCGAUAGGGGUUUUUAGAGAUGCAUCUGAGAUCAGGUACUACGACGGGUGACGUCGUCGCCGACGUCGAGAAAGUGCGUCGUCCGAGAGGCCAAACGAGGUUAAGCUUUCCACAUUUGCUUGCUGGUCUUUUCUCAAAAAGAAGCAACGCCAUCAGACAAUUCCAAGAAUUGCUCCUUAUUGAAUGGGGUCCUGUAGAAUCUGGAAUAUCUUCUGAUCUUCCUAAUGUUUCUGCCUUAAUAAAGAAGGCGCGACUCCAGAAACAGUCUGAAGCUGCUCGUCUUCUCAACCAAAUUGUUCCUUAUUCGCUUUCGCUUUCGUUCACCCGGAGGAGGGAUACUAAUGAUUUGGUGGUGAUUGACCAUGAGCUCUGCCAACAAUUUGAAGACCUAUGUUGUCCUAAUGACGAUUUUACUAGUCUCGGAUUAGUGCUCGCUGGUAUUUGGUCAGAUCAAACAGACUUGCAGGUGUUAGCUACCAAGAAAUUUCAGAAAAUGCUCUUUGACUUUGACUCUCCUCUUCGUGCACCAUUUAUUUUAGAAUAUGGUGUUAUUCCUCGAUUUGAUGAGUUUCUAGAGCGGAAAGAUUCUCCCAAUCUCCAGACUGAAGCUGCUUUGGCCCUCUUAGGCAUUACUUCUAUUGCCUUGGUGCUUACCGAUUUAUUGAUUGAACAUGGGCUGGUGGAAAUUCUUUUGAAGCUUCUGGAUUCUCCAAGUUGUGAUGUUCGUAAGGAGGCUGUGAAACAACUAGGACAAGUUGCUAAGAACACUAAAGGUCGUGAUCUUGUUCAUCGGCAUGAGGCAGUGCGUCCUUUACUGGAUAAGGUGUUGCGUCCUUUGCUGAAGGAGUUGGACGAGAAUGCCAAGCUGGAUAAGUUGAACGAGAAUGACAAGCUUCUUCCAAUUCUGAGGAAUGCCACAUAUGCUUUAUUAAGGUUUUGUAAAGGUGAAGAAAGACCUUAUCGGUUUGAGCGGAAGGUAACAGAGAAUAAAUAUGGCACACAUAUUGUCACUACACCAGCUGGGUGGUGGACGAUCAAAGGCCCUCACCUCGAUAAGGUGAGAGCAGCACUCCCAGAACUUUUUCGCCUUGUUAGUUUAACCGAUGAAGAGGUACUAUCAAAUGCAUGCUGGGUACUUGCUUGUCUUACUCAUAGCACACACUGCAAAACUCAAGUCAUCAUUAGCGAUGGUGUUUGUCAACGGCUAGUUGGACUCCUCGAGCAUCAGUCCCCUUCAGUAGUCAUGCCUGCCCUCCGUACGCUUGGAAAUAUUGUUUUCAGAGACGGCAUCCAGUCUCAGCGCCUUGCUGACUUUGGCGCGCUUCCUUGCCUGUGGAAGUUGCUAAGCAAGAAGGUCGAGGAAAUGGAGGUCUGGAGGACUAUAGCAAGUAUUACUAAGUGGAACAAUAGGCGGAUAAAGGCUCCGAUCGAGAACACCAAUUCACAGAGUGAAAUGGAGAUAAUGGAGGAUAAAAAGAUGGAAGUAAAAGAAAAGCUUGACAAGUAUUCCGAACAGAAGUUGUUGACAUUCUGCAUUGAACUAAAUAUACCUGUUCACCACUAUACAGCAAGGAAGGAGGACAUAGUGCCAAAGUUGAUGGACUUUUUGGAAGCUCGUCAUGAUACGACUGUUGAGUUGCUUGCUGAGAAGGAACAGUCAAGUAAAGGAAAGAAGCGUAGAAGAGAGAGCACAAAAAAUCCCUCAUCAGCAUCUGUUAGUUCGAAAGGUUCAGCCAAGAGCCAAAAGAAGACCGAAACGGCAUCAGAAAAGGCUGAGAAGAAUAAUGUAAAUGAGUCAGAAGAUGAAUCUGAGCAGGAAAAAGAUGCCGAUGAGGAGGAACCUGAUGUUUCUGAUAAAUUGAGUCCAAGUGACGACGAACUAUGUGCUGCAAUUGGUGAAAUUCUAAGAGAAGAGGACAUCCCCACAACCAACUUAACUGCCAUUCUGGAGCGACUUUGCAAGCGGUUUGGAACAGAUCUCACUCCCAGAAAAUCGCAUAUACACAUUAUGAUCGGGUAUCAGCUUAUUCAGGUAGGUGCUGAGGAUGAUGAUAAUGAAGACUAAAUAAGACUUUAGCCUCAGAAGGGGACUGUCAUGUUCAGUGGGUAACUAGCAAUCAAAAUGAUGAAAUCAGCCUCAUGACAUUGUAGACGCUCGUGAUACGAUUGUUUGAUAAUAUCAUUGUGAUUUGCGAGUUUUUAACAGGUGUUGGUUGCUUUAUAUGUUCCCACUUUGCUUUUGCUCUGUUUUGCUCUUCCAUUUGUAAAUAGUGGAUCUCUUCUUGUAACUUGCAUGUGCUGUUGCUAAAUGGCGGUGCCCAAAAUUAGCAUGCACACGCCAUUGUAAUAGAUGGUACAUCUUUAAACAUUUGAUGUAGGGGUUACACUUUUAUUCA